UUUGCUGCCUGCUUUCCAUAGGCGGACCUACGUUGGCAGCAUGCCUGGGCGCAUAAUCAAUGGCUUGAAGACUGUUGGAGUCAACAACCCAGUGUUCCUAUUGGAUGAGGUUGACAAGCUGGGGAAAAGCCUACAAGGUGAUCCUGCAGCAGCUUUGCUUGAGGUGUUGGAUCCUGAACAAAACCAUAACUUCACAGAUCAUUAUCUGAAUGUGACCUUUGACCUUUCCCAAGUCCUUUUUAUAGCUACUGCCAACACCACUGCUACUAUUCCACCUGCCUUGUUGGACAGAAUGGAGAUCAUCCCAGUUCCAGGGUAUUCACAGGAGGAGAAGAUAGAGAUUGCCCAUAGGCACUUGAUCCCAAAGCAACUGGAGCAACAUGGGCUGACUCCUCAGCAGAUUCAGAUCCCCCAGGAUACUACUCUGGCCAUCAUCACCAGGUAUACCAGAGAGGCAGGGGUUCGUUCUCUGGAUAGAAAAUUUGGGGCCAUUUGCCGAGCUGUUGCUGUGAAAGUCGCAGAAGGACAGCACAAGGAAACCAAGCUGGACCGCUCUGAUGUAGCUGAGGGAGAAGGUUGCGGAGAACACAUCUCAGAAGACACCAAACCCGAGUCUAUCAGUGAUACCACCGACUUGGCACUGCCACCUGAGAUGCCAAUUUUAAUUGAUUCCCAUGCUCUGAAAGACAUCCUGGGGCCCCCGAUGUAUGAAAUGGAGGUUUCUGAGCGCUUGAGUCAGCCAGGUGUGGCCAUAGGCUUGGCGUGGACUCCCUUGGGUGGGAAGAUCAUGUUUGUGGAGGCAAGUCGGAUGGACGGCGAUGGCCAGCUAACCUUGACUGGCCAGCUGGGGGACGUCAUGAAGGAGUCGGCCCAUCUUGCUAUCAGUUGGCUCCGCAGCAACGCUAAGAGGUUCCGCCUGACCAACGCUUUUGGGAGUUUUGAUCUUCUUGACAACACCGACAUCCAUCUGCAUUUCCCAGCUGGAGCUGUCACAAAAGAUGGGCCAUCUGCUGGCGUUACCAUAGUAACCUGUCUAGCCUCACUUUUUAGUGGGCGGCUUGUGCGUUCAGAUGUGGCCAUGACUGGAGAAAUCACACUGAGAGGUCUUGUUCUCCCAGUGGGUGGAAUCAAAGACAAAGUGCUGGCAGCACACAGAGCAGGACUGAAGCAGAUCAUUAUUCCUCAGAAGAAUGAAAAGAACCUCGAAGAAAUCCCAAGCAAUGUGCGACAGAAUUUAAAUUUUGUCACAGCAAGCUGCCUAGAUGAAGUUCUUAAUGCAGCUUUUGAUGGUGGCUUCUCUGUUAAAACCCUGCCUGGUCUUGUGAAUAGCAAGCUAUAGGCUCAGUUAGCUUGCUGGAAUUUUGAGGUAUGAAGUGCUGAAAAGUACUAGUGAGAUUGAUUUUAUUUGCACCACUACAGGUAAAAUUUCCUUAAUUUGUGAAUAAUCACAACAGUAGUGAACCUUGCUCAAGUAGUGGCUGAUGUUUACUACAUAAAUUUGAGAUGUUCAUUUAAUAAAU